UCAAACUACAAUGGGGGGGAUGUUAUUUUAGUGAUGGUGGAGAGUUUGCACGUUGUUGCCAACCAAUUCUGACCAUAUUUUUAUUAUUGGGCUUUAGAAAUCGUGUUUGUUUUUGUUGGUUGGUUUAUUGAAGGAAAAAGGGGGCAGCCAUUUCCAAUUCCCCAUCUACCUACUACCAAAUCCCAAUUUUUCAGUUUGACAAUCCACAAUUCUCCAUUUGCUUAAUUACCCUUUUCCCCUUUCUGUACAUAUUGUUUGUUCCUCUUCUUCUUCUUCCUCUUUCAUCCUUGUUUUCUUCGCCCACUUUCCCCUUUCAUCUGCUCCUCAAUCGGAUCCAAUCCGACCCACCAAUCCAAUUCCACGUAAUGGGUAGCGGAGAAAAGGUCUUCACUUUGAAGGAAGUCGCUGAACACAACAAUCACAAGGAUUGUUGGCUCAUCAUCAGUGGCAAGGUAUAUGAUGUGACCAAGUUCUUAGAAGACCAUCCUGGUGGUGAUGAUGUUUUAUUAUCAGCUACAGGGAAAGACGCAACUGACGACUUUGAAGACGUGGGGCACAGUGACAAUGCAAGAGAAAUGAUGGAUCAAUACUACGUUGGGGAGAUUGAUGCUUCAACAAUUCCAAAGAAGGUCGCCUAUACGCCUCCAAAACAGCCUCAUUACAAUCAGGACAAGACAUCCGAAUUCAUCAUCAAGCUUCUCCAGUUCCUUGUCCCGCUUGCGAUUCUGGGAUUGGCAGUUGCCAUACGCUUCUACACCAAACAAGCUUGAGCUCUUGAGGUAACCUUAGCGACUUUUAAAAUUUGUUAGAUUGUUAGUCGUCGAUUUUUAUGCUGUUGCUAAUGAUCAGUUCGUUCAACAAUGUCGUUUCUUGGUUAAAAAAUGCAGACAGUGAGUGUUCUUCAUUUCCAACUUCCUCUAGAUUUGUCAUAUUUAAUGUUCCUCUAUACUUUUUAAUUUUCAAAAUAAAGAUGGUGGAGAUUUUGUUA